AUGCCAAAGAAGGACAGAGCUUUCUAUGUGCCACCUGCUGAAAGCAAAAGCACAUCAGAUUAUGGUGGGAAAAUUGAAUCCCUUUGUUAUGAAACGGGUAUCUGCAAGGGACCCUGCCUGGAAGGCUUUGUUAGUUAUAAUGGAAUCUGUUCCAAGUACAUCCAUGAAAAGAUCAAUUGGAUUGAUGCAGAGUUGUUCUGUCAAAACCUGGCCAAAGGAGGGCAUCUCGCCUCUGUGCAUUGCCCAUUGGAAAACUUGUUCCUCUCAGCCCUCAUACAGAUCUCGUACCACCAUGCAGACACAAUGACAUGGAUUGGUGCUAGUGACUGCUAUAAAGAGGGGACUUUUCUGUGGCUGGACGGUUCACGGAUGGACCACAGCGAAUGGUAUUACAACCAGCCUGAUGAUGGGAAGCAGAAGGAAAACUGUGUGAUGAUGAAUAAAAACAAGAACGGGCUGUGGUUCGACGCUGACUGCUCUCAAGAGUAUAACUUCAUUUGCUCCUACAAAUUGAGCAAUAAAUAGAUUAAUACUUAACCUGCAAAUCACUUUGA